GUUCCCAUCGCCACCGAACGCGGAUUCAUAUAUCACCAUGCCGGCAACGACUACAUCACCGCCACGCUGUCGUUGAUACCGGGUUCUUACAUCCCCAACUACGCCACCCACUACAUCGGCGCUGGCGGAGUGGUGGUGAACGACCGGCAAGAGUUGCUGGUGGUGUGCGAAAGGUAUCGCAUCGACAACCGUCCGCCGUUUUACAAGCUCCCCGGCGGAGCGCUGGAACCCGGCGAACACAUCGCAGAUUCCAUCGUGCGCGAAGUCCUGGAGGAAACCGGUGUCGAAGCAGAAUUCGAAGCGCUUACCUGUUUCAGGCACUGGCACGGAUACCGCUACGGCAAGUCGGACAUCUACUUCGUAUGCCGGCUGCGGGCGUUGACCACGGAUAUCCGGAUGGGUGAGAAAGAGAUCGAAGAAUGCCUCUGGAUGCCCGUACAGGAUUUCAUGACCGACGGAGACAUCAGCCCGUUCAACAAGGGUAUUGUGAAAUCAGCCCUGGAAAGCGACGGCAUCGUGCCCGCGUCCAUGCCGGGUAUGGCCGAAGACGCAACCCGCGAGUAUUUCAUGCCCUACGUUAUGCGAAGUUAG